GUCCGUAUCUUCCCCUUCAGAAGCAGAAUUUGAUGCUGUGGUUGGGUAUUUAGAGGAUAUUAUAAUGGAUGAUGAUUUUCAGUUAUUACAAAGUAGCUUUAUGGAGAAACACUACCAGGAAUUUGAGGAUUCAGAAGAAAACAAACUCAUCUACACUUCCAUUUUUAAUGAAUAUAUUUGUUUAGUAGAGAAAUACAUUGAAGAAAAACUCCUUGACAGAAUUCCUGGUUUUAGUAUGGCUGCUUUCACUAUGUCAUUACAACAGCACAAAGAAGAAAUGGCAGGUGAUAUAUUUGACAUGCUUCUCACAUUUACUGAUUUUCUAGCCUUCAAAGAAAUGUUCCUGGAUUACCGAGCUGAAAAAGAAGGUCGUGGUCUGGAUUUAAGCAGUGGGUUAGUGGUGACAUCGUUAAGCAAGUCCUCAGUAUCUUCAUCCUAGAAUAGUUUGACACUAGUUCUUAUCUCUAGAUAAGUGCUGCUGCUUUCAUUUUUGGAUAUUCAAAACCCUAAAUAGUAGUGGAUCACAGUAUUUUGCUUGAUGAAAGGUAAUUCACUGACUAAGUUUUGAAAGGCCUGAUCCGCUAAACUGUCCUUAUGAAUUACUGAUAGUAUUGGAUGAGCAUAAGACAAUAAUUUCAAGCCUUUCUAAAAAUUAAUUGCUUUUUAAUAUUUCGAUAACAUCUACACCCCAGCCAAUAUGGACUAUUUGUCAAGAAGCUCAUUGCUUCUGAGGGAGUUCAUUAGCUGGGAUAUGUUUGCUCUUGGUUUAAAUGACAACUCAGAUAUCUUAUUUCCACAUAUAAUAAUAAUAAUAAUAAUAAUAAUAAUAAUAAUGAUAAUAAUAAACCCUUCAAGACAGGAAUAAUAUAAAACAAGUAUUGUAACCUGCUCUGGGAAAGCUGGUUACAAAUCCACCAACUUUGAUUUUUUUCACAUUCUCAGAACCAUUUAUUUUUAUUUUAAGAAACAUUUUUCAGCUUACUCUUAAACACUGCAUCUUCUCUAUUGGAGAAGAAUAUGGUUUGACAUGUAUAUAUUUUAGGCUGAGAAUGCACUUUCAGUUCAGCAGUCAUUAUAGAUGUGUGUGUGCAUGUGUAUCCACCAAUGGACUGUUACCCAGUUUCAGUCGUAUAAAAAUAGAGCUUGGUCCAGAGUUUUGAGGAAAUAGCAGAAGAUCACAAGCCUCCUGGGUGAUGUAGGUAUGCCAGCAAAACUUCUGGUAGGAAUGCGGCUAGGCUGACAGGAAGUAGCUUGUUCUGGUUUAAUUUGUGUAAUUUUGGAGGGAGGAUGAGCAUAACUGCUGGCAACAAAACCUUUAUGUCUGCAUAUGCUACGCCUUUACUAGUGGGCCAGCUGUGGCCAAAAAAACUAUGCAACAUACACAAGCCCUUGUAAAGUUCUAUGAUCAGUUUUGAACUUAGGCUCUGUCAGCAUUACAAAACAAAUCAUGUCCAAGGUGGCAUUAAAACCAUAAACUUAGCCUUUCCUACUUUUUGUGUUAUUGCAGCUACAUGAGUCUACCAGUAGGCUAAACUCCUGGUUCUGCCAAAUGUGGCUAUUUUUGCCACCAUGAUAUCCAACUCGCUAGAGGGCAUGUUGGUAAAAGCACUCGUGUCUAGUACGUACUGGUACUUGCAUUGCUGGCAAUGAUGUGAAAUGGUAUAAAAAACUGUAGAAUCCUAAUGCUUUAGCAGUAUCUUGGUCUGUACUAAACCUAGAAAUACAGCUGUAAAUAACUUUUUGAAUUUCCAUGAGGCUGUGAUCAUAGCUGCAUAUGUCUGCUGCUGGUGUUGUCCCAUAAUUCUGUUAGAAACCUUCCAUACGAACACUUUAUUUAUUUAAAUGCCUCCCCUGGAAGGUGUUGUACCUCUUCUAAUAAACCACUUAGUGAUCUUGACUUUGACUUGUCAACAGUCACACCUUAAAACAAAGCAUAAGAUCACAAAAGGAGUCUCUGUUUUUAUGAGCCUUUUUUAAAAUCUUUGUCGUCUCUGUGAAUGUGCUGUAGGGAAGAAAAUGCUUUGGAAUAUUUUUCAUAUAAAAGUAGUUCUACAGGUUUUCUUUUAUUGAACAUCAAAUGAGGUAAAUUUUAAUUGUAUUCAGUAAAAGGCUAAACUGUAACCUUUUUUUUAUUCUGUGUUGUUAAAGAUUUGCUAUCGUAAACCCCCAAUUUCCACAGGGGAAGUCCUGUGCAUUGAAGCCACUGGGCUCUGUGCAGACAUGGUGUCUACUGAUACAGAUUUAAUUGUAAGAUUAGGGCCUAAAUUUGCUAGGACAAAGUAGCAGCUGAAGUAAACUGACAUCUUUCCGGAGAUCAGUGGAGCUAGGGCGGGUCAGACCAGCUGAAGCCCUGCGUCAAGAUGGUGGGCACAAAUUACAAGUCUUUGCCUGCAGCUUCUGCCAGAAAUAAGAGUUCUCAUGGGCAUGUAGUCUAGCACUCACAAUAGCACAGGUAGUUUGGAAAGAGUAGGUGGAAACAUCUGACAAGUCAUUUGUCCCCAGAAGGGUUUAUCAGAGCACUGGGUUAAGCUUUUGAUGCAAGCUGAAUGUAGUAUCCUCAGUCAUUUUAAGAAUGUAUU